CAUCAAAUGUUUAUAUUUUACUAAGGUUUGCUACUCAGUCUUAAUGAUCUAGAUUGUUCCUAUUUCAACGAGAGACUAUUGCCCACAAUUUUUAUGUAUGUAUGUACACACGUAUGUACGCUCCACACGACAGUUGUGAAACUAGGUAUUUUUGGUAUUCAAAAAUGUAAUGUAGAGCAAUGCAUAGUUUGUCGGCUAAAAGCGUGCAAUGAGUAGAUUUGAUCGUAUUCCCGAUAAAAGACAUGUUAAUCGGUAUUGGAUCUAUACCUUUUGCCAUAUGCUAUAAAAGGGCGGCACAAUAAUUUGCUUGGCACACAACAAUGUUUGCUAUUCUGCUGAUUCUCAUCUUGGGCUCGACGGACAUUUUGGCCACAGACUAUAUACUACGGGUCGAGGAUCCAGAUAUCUACACGACGUGCAAGGAAGCACCUCCUGGAACUAUUGGUCUGAAUGAAGCCUUCGACGUAAGCGACAUGACGGUUGAAAUGGAUGAGGAGGGGAUCCAUGUGUCCGGAAAUAUUACCACUACAUGGAGCUUACCGCGCACGAAUCGAAUUUCUGUCAAGAUGAGUGUGCUCCACUUUAACCGCGGUAACUGGGAGCCGACCGUAUUUAACUCCCUCACGCCGGACUUCUGCAACGCGAUGUUCAAUACAAAUCUGUUUUGGUAUAAAUACUGGUUCAAAAAUUUUGAAAACCGCGAGGAAAUCCAAGAAAAGUGCCUCGCUACACAGGGUACCGUUCUGGUGUACAACUCCUUUGUUGUGGUUCCGCGACUAAAUAAUGUCAUGGGACCCCCCCUCAAAGGACGCUAUAAGGUAGUUUUCCUGUUUGAAACAUUCAACGAAUAUGACGAACGGCAGCCUAUAUCCGUUUGCUUCGAGAUCUCGGGCGAAGCUGAAAAAAUAAAGAAUUGAUAAUUUCGAGAUUUGAUCAGUCGUAAAUUACCGGAUACUAUGUUUGGUCUUAAUAAUCCUAAUUAAAACAAUAAAAAUAAAA